AUGGAUUUUGCUUCCGAUAAGAGUCCCUGUGCCCAGGCUCUGACCUCUACUGCCCCGCCGAGACAGCCAGGACGCGACAAGGCGCGCAGAUGGCAUUGCCCGCAAUGUCGUCAAGCGUUCAAGAAGAAAGAGCAUUUAGUCAGACAUACCCAAUCCCACACAAAGCAAAAGCCCUUUGUGUGCAAGCAUUGCCCCAAGGCCUACAGCCGACGAUGCACCGACAACCUGUGGCUUGAUGACCAAUUCGAUUUAGAAGCCAUGGGGUCGGCGAUUCUGAGUGCUAACCAUCUCCCUGGCUUGAGUAAUGAGCCUUUCUUCAGCGUAGCUCUGUCGUCAGCAGAAAACACUGCCGGCGAUGCUUUAAUAGCCACUUCGCGUUCUAUUAAGAGGCAGAUGGAAGUCCACAAGGCAGUCCAUAGCCGAUGGUACACAAGGCCGAUACCUGAGCCAGACAUACCACAACCCUUGUUCUCUUUUAUGAAUCAAGAGGAAGUGGAUGAAGAGUACCGUGCCGGCCUUUCAACUCGACUCGCACCAAACCCACAGGACAUAGCUCUUCCCUCUGCCGAAUUUCUCAAUCUCUGUGUGAAACUUUACUUCUCCAAGUUCCAACCAUUAUUUCCCAUCAUCCACUCCGCGACAUUUCGACCAACAUCUGACAAGGCACUUGUCCUCCUGUCUAUUUGUUCAAUAGGAGCUCUCUUUGUGGGAUCUGACGGAGCCGCGCGGUGUGCGAAGGCGAUAUUCACCAAGUUGAACAAGGCCAUCUUGGCAUCAUGGGAACGCUAUAUCCACAAAGGCGGAUGUGAGGCCUUGGCUGUUGCCCAGGCUGCCACAAUAGGGCAAACCUACGGGAUUCUUUCCGGUCAACCUAACAACCUGCUUCUGACGGAUUCUUUCCAUGGUACAAUAAUCGCUUGGGCAAGACAAGCGGGGCUUUUCAGGGUGCGAACGGCCUUCGAAUCCACCGACACCAUUAACAUGACUGAUGUUGAGGGCAGUUGGAGGCGUUGGGCCCAGCGAGAGGAAACCUUGCGACUUAUUUUAGCUUUACAGAUACACGAUUCAGAGUUCACCAAGAUUUUCCAUCACGAAGGCCUUCUUGGGCAUGACCAGAAUAGACUGCCUACUUGCUGUUCUGCCGAGUUAUUCUCAGCCACAACGGCCUCCAACUGGCAUGCUGCGGUUAUAUCAAUGACUCAGAGGGCAUGUAAUGGCGAAGACCCUGUCCUUAUGUGUUCCCCAAGCCAGCCUGUGUGCAAAAGCUCUUUUUAUGCAUAUGCACAGCUCGCUGGACACUAUGCUCAUCUUUCCGAGGCACGAUGCCGUGGUGCACUUGAGGAUCAUGCAGCCACUAUUCGACAACGCCUUACAUUGUGGUACGACGAAAUCGUGGGAGGUAUUGUUGACAAGGACCACGAUCAGUUUAGCUUGGUGGGACUGUGGCAUCAAGCGUUCAUGGCGCUCUACGUAGAUUUUGACUUCCUUGAACGGAUCGUGGGUAGGGACAGGACGCCGCCUACCUCGUUAGAAGAAGACGAGGUCAGUCGCUGGGUCCGCAGCAACGAUGGCAUUCGUUGCGCUGUGCACGCUGCACUCAUCAUAAAAAGAUAUAGCAUGCAGGCUAUCAGCGAAGAAUCAGCUAUCCAUGUACCUCUCUCCCUCUUCCACGCCGGCAUUGUCGUCUAUUGUCACAUAAAGUUUGGAGGACUGGCAAUACAGAGAAAUGUCGAUAUUUUGGAAUUGAAGGGAGACGAGCCGUUGUCUACUGAUAUAACAGAACAAAUAGGCCCGACUACACUCUAUACUGUUACUGACAUUUUACGGAGACAUGGACAUUGGGAUCUUUCAAGGCGCCUGGCCUCUAUAUUAAGCAUUUUGAUAGAAGGAGUUACUGAUACAGAAAUGCAUAACCUCUUCAACCGCGCCUGUGGUCGCAUCCUCCCUCAUGAUGUUAACGGAGCAGACAAUGACAUCCUUAACCAGUUGAGGCCCAUCAUCGAUAGGGCCAUUUCAGCUCAAGCUACAGUUUACAUCUACGGCUCAGAGUUCAAUGACGGCAAGGUUAUACACAACGUCCACAUGAAGCAGGGAAAUUCCGGACGCUGGCUUAAAGACAAUAGCGCCUUCCAGGACGGUGGUCUGAUUUUUCAAUUUGAAGAUCAUCGGGAGGCUGUAUUUAUUGGCUUUGCCUCUCAGGCUCGAUCCGAUGACGGCAAGGAAACAGUCGACAUUGAAGAAUCGCCUGUGUUCAUUGUCCAGGCUCUCGUCAAUCCACCUGGUACCGAUCAGCAGCCAGGCACUGCCCUCGAGACUAUCUUUCUCAAGAAUAGAACUGGGGGUGAAAUGGAUCUUAGUGGAUGGAAGAUUCGUAUCAAGACUGGAGACACUCAAACCCUACCCUCAGGCACGCGCAUUGGCGCAGCAGAGACGAAGACUAUUGAAACUAGCAUCCCGCUUUCCAGCAACGGCGGCUUUAUCACUCUUCUCAACGGAAGGGAUUCAAGGUACAUGGUGUUAGCUACACAAGGGCUGAAGCAAACGGCGCUGUAA